ACCUGGCUUGUCGACCCCCACGCUGCCACGCAGAGCAUCCCUCUCCCCCCUCCCGUUCCGGUAGCCACCGCCGAUGAAUCCAUAGACAGUAGUAGUAGCUGUAGAGUAGCAGCAAGAGCACUCUACAGCUCCGUGCCACCAGAAAAAGGCUCACCAACCAGACUAGACAGAAGAGGCAUCGACGGUUCCACCUUCCGUCCGCCCUCCUGCCUGCUGAUUUAGCUCCUCCACCAGAAGGCGCCCCAAAAGUCAGAAAUAGUUUUGGCCCACGGUGGCCGAGGAGUUAAGGAGAGGUGUGGUGAGCCGUGGCCGUCAGGCCGCGAGGCCGUCAAUGGCCCAGUACAUAUACGCCACCACAGCUCGCUGCUGCUGCAGCUCCGCACGCGCCCUCCCGCUCCACGCUCCCGCGCUAGCCCCCUCGUCGUCUCGAUCGCCGCUCCGGUGGAGGUCGGCCAUGGGCGCGAGCGAUCGCCUGACGGUGGCCGCCGCCAAGCCGCGGCACGCGGCGCCGUGCGCGGCGACCGUGCUGGGCGAGCCGCUGCCGGCGUCCGACGACCACGGCCUCGUCCACCCCAGCGCCGACUUCGCCGCCCAGGCCCUUGUCUCCUCUCCGCAGCAGUACCUGGAGAUGUAUCAGCGGUCGAUUGACGAUCCUGCCGGGUUCUGGUCAGAGAUCGCUGAAACAUUCUACUGGAAGCAGAAGUGGAGCCCCGAGGAAGUCUGUACUGAGAACCUUGAUGUCACAAAGGGGCCGAUCAAGAUCGAAUGGUUUAAAGGGGGCAAAACUAACAUAUGCCACAAUGCCGUGGACCGCUACGUGGAGGCCGGGGACGGUGCGAAGAUUGCGAUGUAUUGGGAGGGGAAUGAGCCUGAUCAGGAUGGAAAGCUCACAUACUCAGAGCUCUUGGAUAAGGUUUGCCAGCUGGCCAAUUAUUUGAAGAGUGUCGGGGUUGAAAAAGGUGAUGCUGUGGUGAUCUACUUGCCGAUGCUCAUGGAGCUGCCUAUUGCAAUGCUUGCAUGCGCUCGCAUUGGUGCUGUUCACUCUGUCGUGUUUGCUGGCUUCUCCGCUGAUGCAAUAGCCCAAAGGAUCACUGACUGCAAGCCUAAGGUUGUGAUUACAUGCAAUGCUGUCAAAAGGGGGCAGAAACUCAUCCCUCUCAAAGAUAUAGUAGAUGCGUCUCUGGUUGAAAGUGCAAAAAAUGGUGUCACAGUAGGCAUUUGUUUGACAUAUGAAAAUCAGUUGGCCAUGAAGAAAGAGGACACACAAUGGAUAGCUGGAAGAGAUGUCUGGUGGCAGGAUGUUGUGCCCAAUUUCCCAACUAGAUGUGAUGUGGAAUGGGUUGAUGCAGAGGAUCCAUUGUUUCUUCUGUACACUAGUGGCAGCACAGGAAAGCCAAAGGGUGUAUUGCAUACAACGGGGGGCUAUAUGGUAUAUGCCGCAACAACAUUUAAACAUGCAUUUGAUUACAAGCCAACAGACAUAUACUGGUGCACUGCAGACUGUGGCUGGAUUACUGGACAUAGUUAUGUGACUUAUGGUCCUCUCCUGAAUGGAGCCACAGUUCUCGUUUAUGAAGGGGCUCCAAACUACCCUGAUCCUGGUCGGUGUUGGGACAUCGUUGACAAAUACGGAGUGACAAUAUUUUAUACUGCACCAACACUUAUCCGUUCACUCAUGCGUGAUGGUUCCGUGUAUGUUGAUCGGUACUCUCGUAAGUCUCUUCGAGUUUUAGGAAGUGUGGGUGAGCCAAUUAAUCCAACUGCAUGGAGGUGGUUCUAUAAUGUUGUCGGUGACUCAAGAUGCCCCAUAUCAGACACUUGGUGGCAGACUGAAACUGGUGGUUUUAUGAUUACACCUUUACCUGGCGCUUGGCCUCAGAAACCAGGAUCUGCUACAUUUCCUUUCUUUGGUGUACAGCCAGUGAUUGUUGACGAAAAAGGACGGGAAAUGACUGGAGAAUGCAGUGGAUACCUUUGCAUAAAGAAGUCAUGGCCUGGAGCUUUCCGGACUCUGUAUGGAGAUAAGGACAGAUAUGAGACAACAUACUUCAAACCGUUUUCUGGCUAUUAUUUCUCUGGUGAUGGUUGUAGGAGGGACAAAGAUGGUUACCAUUGGCUGACCGGAAGAGUGGAUGAUGUUAUCAAUGCCAGUGGGCACCGGAUUGGUACAGCAGAGGUUGAAUCUGCUCUUGUUUCACAUCCAAAAUGUGCGGAGGCCGCUGUUGUCGGAAUUGACCAUGAGGUUAAAGGUCAGGGAAUCUACGCAUUUGUAACUUUGGUGGAUGGUGUUCCUUACAGUGAUGAUCUACGAAAAAGCCUCAUUAUGGCGGUCCGCAGCCAGAUUGGUGCGUUUGCAGCACCCGACAAGAUCCACUGGGCACCAGGGCUCCCGAAGACACGGAGCGGCAAGAUCAUGCGAAGAAUAUUGCGGAAAAUUGCCUCCAGGCAGCUGGAUGAGCUUGGUGACACGAGCACGCUUGCUGAUCCUGGUGUGGUCGACCAGCUGAUAUCGCUUAGCGACAGUUAGCGUGUGAGGAUGGAGAUGGCACGUUGUCACCUAUACUUGUAGCACGUCUCAUUUUCUUUCUUGCCUCGGGUGCUAAAUAGUACAGAGUAUCGGUUUAUAUGUGCCACGCAUGGCCUCAUGAUUCCCCUGAUUUAUUCAGUACCUUGAGGUUCGGGAGUUGCAUCUUGCAAGUCAAGUGUGCUGUAAAUGUAAAUUGUUGGAUCACAUCACAGAAAAAUACUCCACGUAUUAGCUGCAUUAAUGUGAGACGAACACUUGAAAGUGACUUGAGCGGA